GGAAAACGCAGCAGGAGCAGACACUGUCACGCGCAGCCGCCACGCGUAUGCUAGCGUCACGGCUAGCCGUGCCAUGUCAUGACGCCGCCGGAGGUUGCCUCCACAUCUGUCCGCUCUCACCGCGAGACGCGCCCUCUUUUCUCGCCCUACCGGUGCGUGACCGAAACCUCUUUUCGCCGGAGGUGCUCGGCUCCAUUCGCGUCGUCAUAGAAAGCAAAACCCGCGGAUACGUUUGUGCCCCCCCCCCCCCCCCCCCGGAACCGGGAUGGCCGAGAGAACCUCUGCCGGACUGCUGACCGUGACGCUGGAGCCCACGCCGGCCGUCGCCAUGACCUUGCCGGCGGAGGUCCGGGCCAAGUUGGCCGAGCUGGAGUUGGAGCUCUCGGAAGGGGACAUCACUCAGAAGGGCUAUGAGAAGAAAAGAAGCAAACUGUUGGCACCCUACAUCCCACAGAUACAAGGUGUAGAUCCCUCUCUACAAAUUGACAGCCGGAUCCAGGCCUCCUCCCAGGCUGUUCUCUCCGCAUCCAAACACAACAAAUCUCGGGCGGCCAACACCAGGGAUGAACGCUUCCGCUCUGAUUUGCACACAGAAGCCGUCCAAGCAGCUUUGGCCAAAUACAAAGAAAGGAAGAUGCCCAUGCCGUCCAAGAGACGAUCCGUGUUAGUCCAGUCCUCUGUUGAGGCAUGCACCCCGCCUGACACCUCCUCAGCGUCAGAAGACGAGGGCUCGCUGCGGCGAAAGGGCCGUCUGGCCAACUCCACGGCCAACCAGAGCCACAGCCACCCGGCCGUUGAGCACUGGUUUAACCGGGUCAUCCAGGGUUCGUCCACCUCAUCUUCCGCUUCGUCCACCUCGUCCCACCCGGGGGGGAGGUCUGUCGCGACCAGCACCAACGCCAAUAGCGCCGCUCUCAACGCCAACACCAAAGCUACUGCACUGGCUGACCUUAUGGCACACACUCACCUCGAUAACCACAUAGCACCCCCAGACGUGACGGGCCUCUCGGAGCGCUCUUCGCUGCACGCGGAGCCGUCCCACGUUGCCUCGGUGCGAGGCGUGUCCCGCGGCUACAACCACCACACCAGCAUCAUGGAGACGGCAGAUGGUGUUCCAGUCAACAGCCGCGUCUCCUCCAAAAUCCAGCAGCUGCUCAACACGCUGAAAAGACCGAAGCGACCGCCGUUACGAGAGUUCUUUGUGGACGACUUUGAGGAGCUCAUGGAUGUCCAGCAACCCAACCCAAACCAGCCUAAGCCAGAAGGCCAGUCGAUGUGUCCCCUUGAAGGAGAUCCUCUCGGCGUGGUCACCAACUGGCCUCCCUCACUGACGGCGGCCUUGCAACGGUGGGGGACCACGCAGCCCAAAAGCCCAUGUCUGACGGCGCUCGACAACGCCGGCAAGCCCGUCUACACUCUCACCUACGGUAAACUAUGGACCCGUUGUCAGAAACUGGCCUACACGCUUCUCAACAAGCUGAGCACAAGGAACGAACCUUUGCUGAUGCCUGGAGAUAGGGUUGCACUUGUGUUCCCGAACAAUGAUCCUGUGAUGUUCAUGGUGGCUUUCUAUGGCUGUCUGCUGGCAGAACUGGUGCCUGUACCCAUUGAAGUGCCACUGACAAGAAAGGAUGCUGGAAGUCAACAAAUUGGCUUCCUGCUUGGCAGCUGCGGCGUGACGUUGGCUCUUACCACUGACGCUUGUCAGAAAGGUUUACCUAAAGCACAAACGGGUGAGGUGGCCACAUUCAAAGGCUGGCCCCGGUUGCUGUGGUUUGUGACAGAUGGAAAACACGUUGUAAAGCCUCCCAAAGACUGGCAUCCUCCAAUCCGUGAAGCAAGCAACGACAUAGCCUACAUCGAAUAUAAAACCAGCAAGGAGGGAAGCACUAUGGGGGUCACAGUGAGCCAUUCGGCAAUGCUCGCGCACGCUCACGCUCUCACGCAAGCCUGCAGUUACACUGAAGCUGAGACCAUAACUAAUGUGCUGGACUUCAAGAGAGAAGCUGGUUUGUGGCACGGGGUUCUCACUAGUGUCAUGAAUAGGAUGCAUGUGAUCAGCAUUCCUUACUCUUUAAUGAAAGUCAACCCCCUCUCGUGGAUACAGAAGGUUCACGCGUACAAAGCGCGGGUGGCCGUGGUGAAGUCCAGGGACAUGCACUGGUCUCUGCUGGCUCAAAGAGACCAGCGAGACAUCAGCUUGAGCUCAGUGCGGAUGCUGAUCGUAGCUGAUGGGGCCAACCCAUGGUCAAUAUCUUCCUGCGAUGCCUUUCUGAACGUGUUCCAGGCACGUGGACUACGACCUGAGGUGAUCUGUCCAUGUGCCAGCUCUUCAGAAGCUAUGACUGUCGCCAUCCGCAGACCGCCAGAAAUGGGGGCCCCUUCACCGGGCAAGGUGGUGCUGUCAAUGAGCGGGCUGAGCCACAGCGUCAUCCGCGUGGACUCCGAGGAGAAGCUCUCCGUUCUGACCGUGCAGGAUGUGGGACAGGUCAUGCCCGGAGCUUUGGUGUGUGUGGUGCGAGCGGAGGGAACGCCGUACAUCUGUCAGACGGACGAAGUGGGAGAAAUCUGCGUGAGCUCGAGGUGCACGGGGGCAGCCUAUUACGGCCUCCAGGGCAUGACCAAGAACAUAUUUGAGACUACCCCAGUCACGUCGACUGGAAUUCCGGUCAGUGACCGAACCUUCACCAGAACCUCACUUCUGGGUUUUGUGGGACGAGACAGCCUCGUGUUCGUCACAGGGAAGAUGGAUGGAUUGAUGGUGGUCAGCGGGCGGAGGCACAACGCUGACGACGUGGUUGCCACGGCGCUUGCAGUGGAGCCCAUGAAGUUUGUUUACAGGGGGAGGAUAGCUGUUUUCUCUGUCUCGGUGCUCCACGACGAGAGGAUCGUGGUGGUGGCGGAGCAGAGGCCGGACGCCUCUGAGGAAGACAGCUUCCAGUGGAUGAGCCGCGUCCUCCAGGCCAUAGACAGCAUCCACCAAGUGGGUGUGUACUGCUUGGCCCUGGUGCCUGCCAACACUCUUCCCAAGGCCCCCCUGGGUGGCAUCCACAUUUCAGAGACCAAACAGCGCUUCCUGGAGGGCUCCUUGCAUCCCUGCAACGUCCUGAUGUGCCCUCACACGUGCGUCACCAACCUGCCAAAGCCGAGGCAAAAGCAGCCCGAGGUCGGCCCCGCUUCUAUGAUCGUAGGCAACCUGGUGGCAGGCAAGAGGAUAGCGCAGGCCUGUGGGAGAGACGUGACCCAGUUGGAAGACAAUGAGCAGUUCCUCUACAUUCAAGAUGUGCUGCAGUGGAGAGCACAGGCCACGCCGGAUCAUCCCCUGUUCCUUGUUCUCAAUGCCAAGGGCACAGUGGCGAGUGCGGCGUCCUGUCUGCAGCUCCACAAGCGGGCUGAGCGGGUGGCUGCGGCACUGAUGGGUCGCCUCAACACCGGGGACCACGUCGCACUUGUCUACACACCAGGAAUCGACCUGAUCGCCACUUUCUACGGCUGCUUGUAUGCUGGCUGUGUCCCGGUAACAGUCAGGCCUCCGCACCCGCAGAACCUGGCCACCACCCUUCCCACCGUCAAGAUGAUUGUGGAGGUCAGUAAAUCAGUGUGCAUCCUGACCACACAAGCAAUAAUGAAGCUGCUAAAAUCCAAAGAGGCCGCCGCCGCAGUGGACGUCAAAAGCUGGCCAAUGGUGCUGGACACAGAUGACCUCCCCAGAAAGAAAAGUCCUCAGAUCUACAAGCCCCCAACCCCGGAGAUGUUAGCUUACCUGGACUUUAGCGUUUCCACCACCGGCAUCCUGGCGGGAGUCAAGAUGUCCCACGCGGCCACCGGCGCCUUGUGUCGCUCCAUCAAGCUGCAAUGUGAGCUUUACCCCUCUCGCCAGAUCGCAAUCUGCCUGGACCCAUAUUGCGGCCUGGGCUUCGCUCUCUGGUGCCUGUGCAGUGUGUACUCUGGCCACCAGUCCAUCUUGGUCCCCCCUCUGGAGCUUGAAAGCAACGUGUCUGUGUGGCUGGCCGCCGUCAGCCAGUACAAAGUGCGCGUCACCUUCUGCUCCUACUCAGUCAUGGAAAUGUGCACCAAAGGCCUGGGCUCACAGACGGAAGCGCUACGGCUGCGGAACGUCAACUUGUCGUGCGUCCGCACGUGCAUGGUGGUCGCAGAGGAGAGGCCUCGCAUCGCACUCACGCAGUCCUUCUCCAAGAUCUUCAAGGACCUGGGCCUCUCGCCGCGCGCCGUCAGCACCACCUUCGGUUGCAGGGUGAACGUGGCCAUUUGUUUGCAGGGCACAGCGGGACCGGACCCCACGACGGUUUACGUGGACAUGAGGGCUCUGCGACACGACAGGGUUCGCCUGGUUGAGAGGGGGGCCCCACACAGUUUACCCCUGAUGGAGUCCGGCAAGAUCCUUCCUGGAGUCAAGGUGAUAAUUGCCAACACGGAGACGAAAGGGCCCUUGGGAGACUCUCAUCUUGGGGAGAUCUGGGUGAGCAGUCCUCACAACGCGACGGGCUACUACACCGUCUACGGGGAAGAAGCGCUGCACGCGGACCACUUUAACACCAAACUGAGCUUCGGGGACACGCGCACUGUGUGGGCGAGGACGGGCUACUUGGGCUUCCUGCGACGCACCGAGCUGACCGACGCUAGCGGAGAGCGCCACGACGCCCUCUACGUGGUGGGCUCGGUCGACGAGACCCUCGAGCUGAGGGGGAUGAGGUACCACCCGAUCGACAUCGAGACGUCCGUCUUCCGCUCCCAUAAGAGCAUCGCUGAAUGCGCCGUGUUCACUUGGACCAACUUGCUUGUAGUGGUGGUGGAGCUGGAAGGUUCCGAGCAGGAAGCCCUGGACCUGGUGGCCCUGGUCACCAACGUGGUUUUGGAGGAGCACUACCUCAUCGUGGGCGUGGUGGUGGUGGUCGACCCCGGCGUCAUCCCCAUCAACUCCCGAGGGGAGAAGCAACGCAUGCACCUGCGAGACGGAUUCCUGGCCGACCAGCUGGACCCAAUAUACGUGGCGUACAACAUGUGAGGUCUCGAACGCGGGACUUGCCGGGGAUCCCUCGCCACGUGCGUCGUGUCUGCUGCGCACCGGGAGCGACGCCAGUAGCUCUGCCGUAACUCUUCUGUGAUUAUGUCCGUGAACAUCACCAGUACACGCGUUGCAUUAAUUAACAGAGGUUGGCUUUCCACCUGGUACGGUGGUUAUAAAAAGUCAGCACACCCGUGUUCAAAUGUCAGGUUUUGGUCAGAAGAAGGGAAAAAAAAAAAUCACGGUUAAUUCGGACUACAACCUGUGCAACUCUAUCUACAAAAAAAAAAAAAAAAAAACAUUAUGAGGGAAAGUAAAAAUCACCCCUCCCCCCCCCAAAAAAAACAAAGUUCUGAUUUUGUGCUGACUAUGCCGUUUUGAACUGUUCCUAAUUCUUGAAAAGUUGCGUUUUUCGACGGCUGUUAGGUAUAUAUGAUAGGUUACAACAUCCAUUCAUCCGUUUUCUACACUGCUAAUCCUCACCAGUGUCGCCGGGGGUGCCGCACCUAUCCCGGCAAUUUUCAAACCCCGAACUUCCCGCGUUGAUGUUCAAGACAAAGUUAAGAAAAGUUUUUUUUGUUGUUGUUGUUUUUUUGUUUUUAAAUAUCGCAAAAAAACUGGCAUCCAAACGGGACUUUUUAUGUCUACUGAUUUCGGACAGUGCUCACAAAGUAGGGAUGGGCAUUUUUAUUUUGUUUAAAGUUUUUAUUUCAUUUUUUUUUUUUUUUUUUAUUUAGGCGUCUGUCUGGGAAUGUCUCGCUCCUGUUUCCACGCCAGUUUUCAGCCGGAAAAUGCCACCCGGAGGGGUUGUGCCGCAGCGAAGGUCCGAAAUUCGUUUUUGACUUUUUCGCCGUCGCGGGCCGAGCCGUGCGGAUCCUUUUUAUGCCUGGCUUGCAACAAAGACACGCAGAAUUCAUAGGAAUAUUAUUCCCAUCCUUAUAAGAGACGGUUCCGGUUCCGCUCAAAUCUCGUGAUAUAGUUUCGUGUGUUCCCUUUUUGUAUGUAAACUCAAUGCAAUAUGACUGAUGUAAAGUAAAGUACGUGGUUUUGGAACGA